UGUGUAGCUUGGAAAUUGAUUAGUAGUUUCCGGCAAUUUGAAUGAAUUAUACAGCAGAGGGCUGCUAUAAAGGAGAAAGAGGGUUUGCAUAAAUUAAUAAUUUCACGCCUUUAUUUUCCUUGCUGCCAUUUGCAAUUUAUCGAUAAUGCUAAAUAAGUAACUAAGCUAGCUGGAUAGCUAGUGUUAGCUACACAGCUUUUUCUAUUUUCUUUUUUGUGUGUGCAUAUAUUGUUGUUACCGAUCUCUUUCCGCUGGGAUAAUGUGAAUAUAUGAACGUUCCAAGCUGCUCUGUUAGCCGAUAGUCGCUGACCAGUAAAUCUUCAAUGCAGGAGGACAGUUUACACUGAUCGUGAUGGCGUCGCUCUAAGACGCGCCUCGAGCUAACUGGCUCUGAAUGUGAUUAGUUAGCUGUGGCGAGGAUCGCGACAAUGUCUUGCAGAUCUACCAAAGUCGCCCCAAGUGUUGAUUUCGACCACAGUUGUUCAGACAGCGUGGAAUAUCUGACGUUAAAUUUUGGGCCAUUUGAGACUGUCCAUCGGUGGAGGAGGCUCCCUCCAUGUGACGAGUUCGUUGGUGCAAGGCGCAGCAAGCAUACUGUUGUGGCAUACAGGGAUGCCAUAUAUGUCUUCGGCGGAGAUAAUGGGAAGAAUAUGCUGAAUGAUUUGCUUCGUUUUGAUGUGAAGGACUGCUCUUGGUGUCGAGCCUUCACCACCGGAACCCCACCUGCUCCCAGAUAUCACCACUCGGCUGUUGUUUAUGGCAGCAGCAUGUUUGUUUUUGGGGGCUACACUGGAGAUAUCUACUCAAACUCUAACUUGAAAAACAAAAAUGAUCUAUUUGAGUACAAGUUUGCCACAGGACAAUGGACAGAGUGGAAAGUAGAGGGCAGCUUGCCAGUGGCCAGAUCAGCACAUGGGGCCACAGUCUACAAUGAUAAGCUAUGGAUUUUUGCUGGCUACGAUGGAAAUGCCAGAUUGAAUGAUAUGUGGACUAUCAGUCUUCAGGAUCGCGAGCAUGCUUGUUGGGAGGAGAUUGAUCAGAGUGGUGAGAUUCCACCAUCUUGUUGCAACUUCCCUGUGGCCGUAUGCAGGGAUAAGAUGUUUGUUUUUUCUGGGCAGAGUGGAGCCAAAAUCACAAACAACCUUUUCCAGUUUGAGUUCAAAGGGCACAUGUGGACACGCAUCCCCACUGAACACCUAUUGCGAGGCUCGCCCCCACCUCCCCAAAGACGCUAUGGCCACACCAUGGUAGCGUUUGACCGCCACCUGUAUGUAUUCGGAGGUGCUGCUGACAACACUCUGCCCAAUGAGCUUCACUGUUAUGAUGUUGACUCUCAGACUUGGGAGGUGAUCCAGCCUAGUAUGGACAGUGAGAUGCCAAGUGGGAGACUCUUCCAUGCAGCUGCUGUGAUUCAGGAUGCCUUGUACAUCUUUGGCGGGACAGUGGACAACAAUGUGCGCAGCGGGGAGAUGUACAGAUUCCAGUUCUCUUGUUAUCCAAAGUGCACCCUCCAUGAGGACUAUGGCAAACUUUGGGAGAAUCGUCAGUUCUGUGAUGUGGAGUUUAUUCUCGGGGAGAGGGAGGAGCGAGUUCUGGGGCAUAUUGCCAUAGUGACUGCAAGAUGUCAGUGGCUCAGGAAGAAGAUCUUGCAGGCACGGGAUAAGCAAAGACAGAAGAGUAAACAGGACAGCAGCGAGGAAAUUGAAGAGGGGGCAGCUGGUGGCCCAAGAGAUAUCCCAGGAUGCAGCAGGCCAUCGGGUACGCAGCCUCUGCUAGAAGUAUCCAUCAGGGAAGCAGAGGCCCAACCCUUUGAAGUGCUAAUGCAGUUCCUCUACACAGACAAGAUCCAGUACCCACGCAGAGGUCAUGUCCAGGAUGUUCUCCUGAUCAUGGAUGUGUACAAACUCGCCCUUAGUUUUAAGCUGUCACGACUAGAGCAACUCUGUGUUCAAUACAUUGAGGCAUCUGUAGACCUGCAAAAUGUUCUGAGUGUUUGUGAGAAUGCCAACAAGCUGCAACUGGACCAGCUCAAGGAACAUUGCCUUAAUUUUGUGGUGAAGGAGUCGCACUUUAACCAGGUGAUCAUGACGAAGGAGUUUGAGCACCUGUCUACUCCUCUGAUUGUGGAGAUAGUGCGACGUAAGCAGUUGCCUCCUCCCAGGCUGUACUCAGACCAGCCUGUGGACAUAGGAACAUCCCUGGUGCAGGACAUGAAGGCUUACCUAGAGGGAGGUGGUUUGGAGUUCUGUGACAUUAUCCUGCUGUUAGAUGGACACCCACGGCCUGCUCAUAAGGCCAUACUGGCUGCCCGCUCCAGUUACUUUGAGGCGAUGUUCCGUUCAUUUAUGCCUGAGGAUGGUCAGGUGAACAUCUCCAUCGGUGAGAUGGUUCCAAGUAAACAGGCCUUUGAGUCCAUGUUGCGCUACAUAUACUAUGGUGAUGUCAAUAUGCCUCCAGAAGAUUCGCUAUAUCUGUUUGCAGCACCAUACUACUAUGGAUUUUCAAAUAACAGGCUGCAAGCCUACUGCAAACAGAAUCUAGAGAUGAACGUCACUGUGGAGAAUGUCUUACAGAUUCUAGAGGCAGCGGACAAGACACAAGCCCUGGACAUGAAGAAGCACUGCCUACACAUUAUUGUCCACCAGUUCAUCAAGGUAUCCAAGCUCCCCAAUCUGCGGUCUCUCAGCCAGCUGCUGCUGUUGGACAUCAUCGAGUCCCUGGCCACUCACAUAUCAGACAAACAGUGUGCCGAGAUGGGCUCUGACAUUUAGGAUGACCAAGGAUAAACUGGCCUCAUUUCUCUUCCUGCAGAAGCCUGCAUAUGUCCUCUUCCUCCACACUACUUCUAGUCAUUCCCUGUUCCCCACAUGCAGUACCGUUCUUUAUGUUGGACCUCGCAUGUCUUUUCUUCCCAAUGGUUAUUUUCUCCACACCAAACUGUAUUAGGUUCUUUUUAGGUAUACAUGUGAAAUUACAUCAUGCCGGAUGCUGUGUUAGUCCAUGUCUCGACCAGUAGUGUUAGUACUGCUAAUGAUCAUAAGUACCAUUUUUAUCCAUUUAAUCCUCACAUAUUUAUGCUGCAUCUACAGAGAAAAACUCCAAUCAGGGUUUGAUUCUGGGCAGUACUGCUGCUGAACUUGUUACCUUUGUUCUGUCUGAGAUAUGCAAUGUAAGAAUUCAUACUGAUGGCACUAUAUAGUAGAUGUUUCAUUGAAAUUGUUUCUGUAAAAAAAUCUAUCCAUCAAGUUAGGUUCACAGUCAUCUAAAUGCAACUCAAUGUGUUUAGUUACGUGGAUCAUAAUGCUCACUUGUACCUGAUAUUUGCUUGCAAGUAUUUUAGAUGGGAGCAUUUUAUUAAAAAUGCUGUAAGAAAUCAGAAUUAUUUGUUGGAGUUGUUUAUGACAUGUAUAGCUUGUUGCAGCUAUUUGUAUGUUGCUUGAUGGUUAUUUGACAUUGAUAAACAGAACUGAUAUUUGACAUUUUAACUUCCUGCCACUGCAGGUGGCAAAGGGUUGAGCUCUUUUUACCUCUAUAAUAUAGCAGUGUGCAUUUAAUGGCAACAAUGUGCUAUUGUUAAAUGUUAGUUCACAUGACUUCCAUGUAUUUAAUGCCUUAAUAAAUAUAUUUGUGA